AUGGGAGUACCAGCAUUCUUUCGCUGGUUAAGUAGAAAAUACCCCAGCGUCAUUGUUGAAUGUAUUGAACAGAAGCCAACCGACGUUGAUGGCCAACUUGUGUACAUUGACUCUUCACUCCCAAACCCAAAUGGGGUGGAGUUUGACAACCUGUACCUGGACAUGAAUGGUAUCAUCCAUCCCUGCACCCAUCCUGAAGACAAGCCACCCCCUAAGGAUGAAGACGAGAUGAUGGUGGCGAUCUUUGAGUGCAUCGACAGACUGUUCCGCAUUGUACGACCCAGGAAGCUGCUCUACAUGGCUAUUGAUGGAGUGGCACCCAGAGCUAAGAUGAACCAACAGCGUUCCCGUCGUUUCCGUGCCUCCAAAGAGACCCAGGAGAAGAUCGACGAGAUUGCUCGCAUCCGCGACGAGUUGCUGGCUAAAGGUGCUUACCUGCCUCCAGAGAGGCCCAAGGAAGCUCACUUUGAUUCCAACUGCAUCACUCCUGGGACGCCCUUCAUGGACCGCCUCAGCAAGUGUCUGCACUAUUACAUUCAUGACAGAUUAAACAAUGACCCAGGAUGGAAGGGCAUUAAAGUGAUCCUGUCAGAUGCCAACGUACCCGGCGAGGGAGAACACAAGAUCAUGGACUAUAUCAGGCGGCAGCGGGUGCAACCGGACCAUGACCCAAACACUCAGCAUGUGUUGUGUGGAGCGGACGCGGAUCUGAUAAUGUUGGGGCUGGCCACGCAUGAGCCCAACUUCACAAUCAUCCGUGAGGAGUUCAAGCCCAACAAGCCGCGCCCCUGCGAUGUCUGCGGACAGCUCGGACACGAAAUGAAGGAAUGUACAGGCACAAAUCCUGACGCGUCUCUAGUGCGGUCAGACCCAGCAUUCGGCAACCAGGACAGUUUUAUAUUCGUCCGUCUGUCCGUCCUCCGGGAGUACUUGGAGAAAGAGCUGCAGAUGCCAAACCUCCCAUUCCCUUAUGACUUUGAGAGGGCGUUAGAUGACUGGGUGUUUAUGUGCUUCUUCGUGGGCAACGACUUCUUGCCACAUCUACCCAGCUUGGAGAUCCGCGAGGGCGCCGUGGAUCGGCUCGUGAACUUGUAUAAGAAGUGUGUUUAUAAAACUAGGGGCUGGCUCACAGACUCGGGCGACGUGAAGCUGGAGCGGGUGCAGGUGAUUAUGACAGAGCUCGGACACAUGGAGGACGAGAUCUUCAAGCGCCGACACCAGAACGAGAUCAACUUCAAGGCUAGAGAGAAGGUCAAGAAGAGGCAACAACAGCGCGUCAAUUUUGAGAUGCUGGAGAAGACGCAGUUUGCCCCUAUGGCUGUCGGACAGAAUCAGUCGAAGCCAAUGGAGAACGUACGUCGUGAGGCCGCCAACAUGCGCGUCGCCGGUAUGCAGAACGAAGCUGCUCAAGAAGCAGAGAGUCGUGGCCGCAAGCGGUCCGCCAAUGCGGCGGGGCUGGACGACGAGGACGACGACAAGAAUGACGAGGUGCGGCUGUGGGAGCAGGGGUUCAAGGAGAGGUACUACGAGAGCAAGUUCGAGGUCGCCAGGGACAACAUGGAGUUCCGGUACCGCGUGGCGCUGCAGUACGUGCGCGGGCUGUGCUGGGUGCUGCGCUACUACUACCAGGGCUGCGCCAGCUGGAAGUGGUACUUCCCCUACCACUACGCACCAUUCGCCUCAGACUUCGUCAACAUCUGCGGACUGUCCACCAAGUUCGAGGAGGGCACGCAACCCUUCCGUCCUCUAGAGCAGUUGAUGGGCGUGUUCCCUGCAGCCAGUUCCACUCACGUGCCAAAACCUUGGGCGAAGCUCAUGAGCGAUCCGUUUUCCCCGAUCAUCGACUUUUAUCCGACGGACUUCAAGAUCGACUUAAACGGCAAGAAGUUUGCCUGGCAGGGCGUGGCACUGCUACCCUUCGUCGACGAGGAGAGACUCUUCAAGGCCCUGGAGCCCUACUAUGAUGACCUCACGGAGGCUGAGAAACUACGCAACAUCCGUGGCCACGACCGUCUGUACGUGGGCACGGCCAACGCCAGCUACUCGUUCUUGCUGGGACUGUACUCCAGCGCUGGGGGGAAGCUGAGGCAGCUCAUUGAGGACAAACACAAGUAUCCGUACCGCUGCGACGGGGUCACGGGGGACGUCAUGCUCAGCAAGGACUGUGUUGUUAUUGGCGGUCAGCUGCCAUCUCCAGUGAUAGGUCUGCAGCCAGUGCUGGGCAACCACGUGGUAUGUGUGAGGUUCGUGGACCCUGCGUACGACAAGGAGUUCCCGGCGAGACGACUAGAGGGCGCCCAGCAACCCCCGCGGGUACUCAAACCUGGGAACUUGUCACAUGAAGAGAAUAGGAACUGGAGGCCCCAGAUUGGCAUGGUCCGCUCCAACACGAUCGCGAGCAUGGAGGAGGCAGGCCGCCGCAUGCUGGGCCACCACCUGCCCCGCGGGAACUACGCCUCCAUACCGCCGCCAGAACAACAUCAUCGGUCACAGUCCUUCGGACCACGACCUGGCGGAUACGUUCCUUAUCAGAACCAAGCCGAAGGACGUAGUUACAGUUCGACGGGGCAGGAACAAGGCGGGGGUUACAACCGUAAUUAUAGCCAGGGUCCCCGUAACUAUGGGCAGAGAAACCAGGACUAUAGCCAGAACAGCCGCGGAUACCAGCAGGACCAGGGUCACCAGUCUAACCAAGGCUACCAGUCGAGUCAAGGUCACCAGUCCAACCAGGACAACCGACCUAUAAACAAGUACCAGCGCAAUUCUAAUUUCGUCAGCAAUUACCAAGGAUACCAAUCACAGCAAUCGAAUCAGCCAAGAGAUAGAAACGCGGGAUCUAUCAGUAGCGGACACGGAUACAGACCUCCAAAUCAAGGGUAUUCCAGCGCAGAAGGAUCACGAGACCCGAGGAGUAGAUAUAAUAGGGAUAGGAGACAACAUGGCAGGUCCUGGAACUAA